ACUAAUCCUAGCUUUCCUUGUGAUGCUGUUUCAGGAUUCUUGUCUGCCAUGGGUGACUACACAAUCCGGAUAAGCACCAGCUUGAUCGAGCAGCUCGCGCGCGAUGACGAGAAGCAGGUGAAGAGGAGGACCAGGAAACCCAAGCCUAGGAAGGUCGUGGAGCAACCAGAGGAGCCUCAGGACAAUGGCAGGGAACUUCCAACUGAACCCAAGAGCAGCCCUGCCCCUGCCCCUGGGUGGUCGCUGCCGCCUCCCAUGUACCUGCCAGUGACCCCUGCUCCUCCACAACCGUCUCCUGCAAUCCAGGAGGUGGAAGCCAUACGCACGGUGGUGGCGGAGAGCGAGAAGGUGCUGGAGAAGCUGCAGAAGAAGCAGGCGACGAUGCGCGAGGAGCUCACCAAGAGGGCCAAGGAGCUGCAUGACAAGGAGUUCAAGCUGCCCUACCAGAACCCCGCGCCGUGCACCGACGAGAGGGCGGGCUGCGCCGAGUGCUACAGGAGCAACGUGCAGGACCCGCUCAAGUGCGCCGAGGCGGUCAAGAGGUUCGAGGCUUGCGUUCGCAUGGCGAGGCGGGGCGGUGCCACCAUGGGAGCUGCUCAGUAGUAGCGCUGGAGGAGGGGCUGCGAGUCGGAGCUGAGUGAGCGAGGUGUCGAGCACACGAUUUUGCUUCUGUCCGGAUGAUUGAUUGAAUAACCUGCCUGGUUUUUUGG